AUGAGAAAGAAUUGGAUUCUGGGUCAGUCUUAUCUGAAUCUAUGUUUACUCUUUAUGUCUUUUGUGUACAUGUGUGAUUCACAAGAACAGGUACGUGGUGGUCUGUACAAUACUUUCACUGUUUCUAGCUUCACGUAUGGAAAGACUGUGCUCAAACCUUAUGAAUGGAGGUAUAUCAGAGUCGAUUUACCACCAUGGUUUUCUUCAAUGUCUUUAGCUUUCGAAUCAGACGUGAACAUUGAUCUCAAAAGAAUUAGAAAUGCAUCUGAUAUCUCUCUACCAAUGAUAUGCAUCCGAGAGGGCAGCCCUCCUCUGCCUGAUGUCUAUAAUACUUCUCUAACGGGUCUAGAGAUAAAUUACAUCUCUAAUGGUUUAUUUAGUGGUAAUCUAAGUCUUCAAACUGUUGAGAAGUGCUAUCCUAUGCAGAAUAAUAUAUCAUUGAUGUUGACAAAUGAUCAGAUUUCUCCAGGAACAUGGUAUUUCGGGUUAUUCAAUGGCAUUGGACCUAUAAGGACUCAAUCAAAAAUGAUUAAUAGGGGCCCAACAUACUUUUUUAGUGGCAACAUAAGUGUGGAAGGAUGUCCAAUCUCAACAAUGUUGGGCAAAUUUUGCAACCAAACAGUUGAUAUGCUUUUGUGUACUGAAAGCUAUAGUUUAAUUGAAAGUGUUCCAGACAACAAUUCAUAUAGCAAACCAGCAAAAACUGUGGUUUCCUGCAGAAAUGCAAAUGAGAUAGCUUGUCACGAAGAUUAUGGGUCAAGAGUCUAUUCCUUGGAUGUGAUAGGAAUCGCCGAACAACUAAUUAUUACAGCAUCAAAUAUCAGCUUUAAUCAGACUCAUCCUUCAAAUGGUACUGGAAACAGUGUCUUGAUGUAUUAUGCUAGGCACGGUGCAAUGCCACUUGAAACAUUGCAUGAUUUUUCGGGUGAUAUUGGUAAAGGUCCUUUGGUUAUAAACUCUCCAAAAAUUGGACGCUGGUAUAUUACCAUACAACCUAUUGAUGUCUCUAACAAGAGCACUAGAACUCAAAACAUAAGCUCUAAAUUUUGCUAUCUGUUGGAAUGGCAAGUGAUUCAGUGCCCUAUGGAUAAGGCUGGAUUUAACUGCACAUUGGAAAGAUACACGCUUCAGACAGUUCUUAGGAAAAAUCCGUCCGUCCCUUUUGAAUCGUACUAUCUACCAAUCACGGGAAAGGUGUCACCAGAUUCGGCUAAUUUUCCAUUGGAACCCCUUCUAAGUAACUUUUCCAGUGGAGGAUAUAAUGAUGACGCUUGGACUUUUUUCCUUCUCGAAAUUCCUUCAGGUGCAGCUGGAGGAAAUAUCCACGUACGCCUUAAUUCUGAUGCAAAUAUAAAUUACGAAAUAUAUGCAAGAUAUGGAGGGUUUCCGUCUCUUAAUAGUUGGGACUACUACUAUGCAAACAGCACAACCAACAGCAAUGGUUCAAUGUUUUUCAAGUUGUAUGAUUCGGAUCCGGAUGGAAUUAGUUUGUAUAUAUUAUAUGCUAGAGGAGGAACUUGGGGUAUUGGGUUGAGGCAAAUUCUAUUCAAUUCCACAAGUCAAACGACAAUGUCCAUGUCCCUGGAGAGGUGUCCACGAAAAUGCUCUUCUCAUGGAUCAUGUCAAUCUGUUUUAGAUACUAGUGGGCUGACAUUAUACAGCUACUGUAAUUGCGAUAGAAACCACGGAGGCUUUGACUGCGGUAUUGAACUUGUAUCACAUCGAGGGCACAUUCGGCAGUCAAUUUUCCUCAUAGCAUCUAAUGCUGCAGCUGUGCUUCCAGCUUAUUGGGCCCUCCGCCAGAAGGCAUUUGCAGAGUGGGUUCUUUUCACAUGUAGUGGAAUCUCUAGCGGAUUGUAUCACGCAUGCGAUGUAGGCACCUGGUGUCCACUGACUUUUCAUGUAUUACAGUUCUUGGACUUCUGGCUUUCUUUCAUGGCCGUUGUCAGUACUUUUGUCUACUUAGCUACUAUUAGUGAAGCUUCGAAGAGGACAAUUCACACAGUUGUUGCAAUCCUAACAGCCCUUAUGGCUGAAACUGGACCGACCCGGUCCUCCAACAUUUUUCUUGUAAUGGCCAUUGGCGCUCUCGGUCUUCUCAUUGGGUUGCUCAUUGAGUUAUGUUCUCGUUAUCGGUCAUUUUCCAUUUCAACGGAGUUUCAUUUGAAUCUUCUUGACAGAUGGGAAACUCUUAAAGGAUGGACCCACCGUCUUAUUAAGACACUUGUAAAGCGUUUCCGUUGGGGGUUUAUAUUUGCCGGGUUCAUGGCAUUAGCAAUGGCUGCAAUAAGCUGGAAACUUGAGAGCACCGAAAGCUACUGGAUCUGGCACAGUCUGUGGCAUGUAUCGAUAUAUACAUCCUCCUUCCUUUUUCUCUGUGGGAAAGCAAAACCUGCAACCUGUGAGGCUGAAAGGUCUUCAGACGGGAACUAUGAGCUAACUCGACAAAAUUCAUACCGAGAAGGUGAACAAAGUGGUGAAAGAUAG